UAAAUUUUUCAUUGUGAAUUUUUUCAUGCUCUGAUUUUAGUCCAUAAAAUUAUUCAUAAGAAAGUCGAUUUGAUUUCGAUCUUAAAUAAAGUAUUCUUUUUAUUUUCAAGUUUUGUGCUUUAAAUCAAUAUAUGUGGAAGUGAAUAAAAUUGUGGCGAUUUUACGUGAAGAAAAUUUAGGAGUUUCCUAGUUAAGUAUAAAAUAAUUGAAUAGAAAGAAAAAAUGGAAGAAGAUAACAACGGCCAGAAACAUUAUAAUCUGCAUUUGAGACGAGAGUCCGGCGUUAGAUACAUGAGUCGAACUACUAGGUGGAGACAUGAUAAAAUUCGGGCUGAAAACGAGGCUGAAAAUGGCAGACAAUAUCGUCCCCAACUAGAAGAAAAUGAUGUAGGGAUCCGGAAUAUGAGGGAAAAUCUAGAUGGCAUUUUCUUAGGCGAGGUACGCGAAGAUAAUUCCGAGUCAUCAAGUGAAGAUGAUAGCAGUGAUGAUGAUGAUGAUCUCUACAUCCGACCUAUCACUGUUGAAGAAUUUCUGGUAGAUGUACCCGACGAAGAUGAAAAUAAUAUUCCAAAUAUUGAGGAGGAGGAAAUAAUUGAAGAUGAAGACGAAAAUGAAGAAGAUGAGGAUUACGAAGACGAAACUCGGGAAGAGUUACAAGAACUGCUGUCCAAGGGAAAACGUUUAACGAGGCCUCCAACAGGCACUUUAUCAAAGUUCAGGAAAUCGCCGCAAAUUUCUUCUGACGAAAGUCAUGAGAGCGAUUGCAAAGAAAUCGAAAACAGUGCACAAUCGAAAAAAGAAGUCGUUGCUGCUAAAAAACAAAAAUCAAAGGAGGAAAGAAGCAGAAAAGUGGAUGCUCAAAUGAGUGUAAUGGAAAAUCUGCAGAAGAAAUUAGAUGUAGAUCAGACGAAGAUCCAGGUGAGCAUGGCUAACUGGUCAAAGCAGUCUUCGCUCCUUGCUUCCCUUCAAGCACAAUUAAGGAGAUACAAGGAGGAAACUAAAAAUAAGAGCAAGAUCAUUCAGGACCUGCAAGAGUCAAACUCGAAAUUGCGUGUCAUCAUAGAGCGAAAACUAGACACGGUGAUACUACAGGGUAAAGGAGCAAUAAUUGAUGCGGGUGUCGAGACAUGCAGUGCAAGCACGAACGCAAAUGCAAGCAUAGGCCUUAGUAAUAGCAGAUCAGUGGAUGAGGUGGAACUAGCAAGUGGAUUGUUCGUAAACAAAUUCGGUCUGGAGGCUAUCAGAUACAAUAAAAAGAUGAAGCCAUCCAGAGUAGUCAGAAAUCUGGUUACGCUCAUUUUUACGCGGGAUGAGAUUUUAAACCAGAGUAUUACUGGGAAGGAGUGCAAUUUUAAAAAAGAAGGCAACAGAAAAGCAGCCACUCAACGAUUAGAUGAAUGGAAAAUAAAUGUCGUGAAAGAUGAAUUGAGGAGGAUAUUAUGUGAACGUAAAUAUUCCGCUGACAAUGUCAACAAGGAGGUUCUAAAUGUGGAGAAAUAUAUCAGGUCAAAGCUUUCAACAGAGAAGCAAGCGAUUAAAAAACACAAGCAGAUGACAACUCGGCCGAAAAUUCUGUCGUGACUUCAGGCCAGAAUAAAACUUUUUCUUAUUCUGAAGCACCGGAAACUGUAACUGUAAUUUGCUUUUCUUGCUUCUUGCUUUUCCGUCCAAAAUUGUAUAAUAUAUUUAUGUUUAUUUUAAUUUUAAUGAAACUUGGUGCAAUUAUAUUUUAAGAUAAAAUAUAUUAGAGGCUCUAAAGAUUAAAAUUUUUUUAAAUCUUGCAAGACCUAAGAUUGAAGUUUGGGGUGGGAUUGUUUGCGACUGUCAAUAUUUCUGCAAGGAAUGAUUGGAUUUUGAUGGAACUUGGAGGUAUUAGAGGCGGAUUUAAUAUUUUAGUAGGAAAGACUAAAAAAAAGUUGAGAAUUUUGCCGCAAAAAAAAAGGCAAUACAAAAUUUUGAUUUAAUUUCACCAUUGAAUACCUCCUGAUUUAUCACUUUUCUGGGGUUAAAUUAGAAUAUAAAGAUAUUUCCUAAAAUAUCGUAAUUUUAGUGAAAACGACAGAAGCUACAAAACUGUGUUUCUGUUUGUAAAGAAAUUUCUGUCGCUGAAUAUGCUUUGAAUGUAAUGGGCAAGAGUGUUUAAAAUAAAGAAAAUGUUUACUUAGAAGCAUCCGUCAAGAUGUGCAGAAAUUAAUGAGAUAUCUAUUUUUGUUGACUCUCGAAAUCAUUUUACUUAUUGGCGAUAUUUGAGAUUGGUUUAUGCAGUAAAAAUC